AUGAUGGGACGAACACGCAGUCAGACUGCCUUGAAUGGGAGGGAAGAGAAUCGGGUGAAGAAUCGAGAAGCGGCUGGAAAUGCAAAGAAUCGAUCUAAAAGUCAGAAUAACUCCGCAACUUCGAGAAUGAAACGAAAAGCAGACGCUGAUCCGGAAGAAACGACUUCUUUUUCAAAGCAAACAUCCACAAGAGACUUGUCGCUUGUCCAAAAUGGUCUCCAUAAUAAGUCCACGCUUCCCGCUGAAGAUCCACCAACAGAAGAAGAUGAGGAUACCCCAAUCACCCCUAUGAAAACCUUACGGAGUGAUAGGAAUAAGUGCCAGUUUCCGGAUUGCCAAUCAGAUUAUCAAGCAAUGCUUCCAUCUACACGCUAUUAUCAUAUGAUUAUCCAUGGUUCACGGAGAUUGCAUUGUUCAAAGUGUGUUUUCAAAGCCCAUAGACACGCCGAUGCCGCUCAACAUGUAAAAGGAAAGUGUGGAGGAAAAAUUGUCGACAAACUAGAUCAGGGGAUGUUCGACGAAUGGCGUCAAUUGUCAAUGAUUUGCUAUCCGACAACAGCAAAGGAAAUCCAGGCAUUCAUCACAAAGAAAGAAGCAAAACUCCUUGCCGGUUCAAACCUCCAAUCCGAUCAUGGUGCAACGGAAGAGAUGAAUGAGGAAUCACGGAACAAGUCAAAUAAAUCUCAGCGUCGUGAUGUUCAAGUGGUGCCAGAGCCGAUAGUUGCUCCUAUAAAGAAUGAGAACGAAGAUUGGGAGGCAUUCCUUUCAACGCGACCUUCUUCAGCUAAAAGAGAAAGACUCCCGGAAGCGAAUGUCUCUGCAAUAUCAAGGCCGACCAGUCUGCUAAUGAGAUCAUGCUUUAUGCAACAAAAAACAAUUGAGGUUGACGAUGGGAGUACACAGGACACGGAGGAAAGGGUUGAUCGUCGACAGAUUGAAGAGCCUCCCUUGAUACCAAUUCCACCGCGCUCACAAUCAAUGAAUGAUGUUCGCCGAUCGGAUUAUCCAACAACCUCGGGAAAUACUUCACUACAGUCCAAUGAUGUUCCAACCUUGUCUUUGUCGCUGAUGAACUCGCGGGUAAAAGAUGAAAACUCUCGAAGAAUUCAAGCAAUUCAACAACAAGACAGUGGUUUUCAAAUUCAGCAAUUGUCUCAAGAAGUUGUGAGAUUGAAAGCCGAGAAUGGCAUGCUGAGUACCAGAGUCGCCGACGAAAGGAAUCAGAAAGAAAUGUUGAGGGCCAGAGCGACCGACGAAAGGAAUCAGAAAGACGUGGCUCAAAGGCUGCUUGGCAAGCGGGACAUCGUGAUCGAGAUGCUUGAGGAAAGGAUUCUUCAAUUGGAAGCAGAACUGGAAAAGAUCAAGGAACAAUUCGUAGCUCAUCGAGCCAAAGAGAUCAUACAAGCAGAAAACGACAAGUAUCACCUAAAAAAGGUCAUUAGAGAAAGAGUCGGCUCGUUGGGAGAAGCUCUUCAAACAGCUGCCACGAUCGACAACAAUGUACCGGAGAUCCAGGAGCACAGUGAGUCACGAACAGAGUCUCCAGCUACACAAGUACCAUUCUUGAACCUGAUUCAAGGAGAAGUCAAAGAUAAGCGUUCAGAGUUUAUGAAAGAGACGGUGGUGACCCUUUCUGUUUCUCUUGGCGAGAAAGAAGUCGUGUUGAAGGAAGGUGAGGCAAGGGCUCCUCCAUGGGCACAAGGUACAGGUCAUAAUUUUGGGUACGACAAUCGUUAUCCCGGUCCUCCACAAAAACCACCAAACUAUUUUCGAGAGAAUUUUCCACAGCCAUCACAAUACCCCGGGCUAUCAUCCGUUCUACCAACGGAUAUUUCACAAGCGAUUCGUUUAAAUAUUACGUCUCAACAACCAGAAUCCUCAACUGAAUACCAGAGUGGAAUCGAUGAGAAAAACGACGCGAAGACUCUCGAAUAUAGGAGGGCACCACAACCAAUGGAUAUUGACGAUACAUCGGAAAACUUGGAAGAAGAUGGUUCGUCUCACAAUAAGCCACAAAGUCUUCCAUCAGCUGCUUCUGGGAUUGUGGAGAAAUUGACUGAAUCACCAAAGGCAAGAAUCUUCUCAAACAUCUUUGAAGCGGUAUUUUGUCUACUCAACCUAGGUUUGGAUCGACUAACCAACAAUGGGACGAAAAAGCAGUCAGACUGUCUUGAAUGGGAGGCAAGAGGAUCGGGUGAAGAAUCGAUC